AUGUUUAUUGCUUCGCUCUUCAGACCCAGGAGGCAGCUGGCGUUCUUCCUGUUCGCAUUGUCUGCCGCCAGUGCCAUUCCUGAUGACAGACGACCCGACAGCUCGGCCUGCAAGCUACCCGCCGUGCCGGAUGCCCACUACAGCGAAGGUCAAGAGGUCAAGUUUGACUGCGCGCCGAGCUUCGGCACCAUGCGGGCCAAGAUGAUCUUUGUCGACUUCCCCGACGCAAUCGACAGCGGCAUUCCCCCGCCGCUAGACAGGAACGAGAUCCCGGCAGCGGUAGAGUGGUUCAGGACUUCCUCUUUUGGAAGUCUCAACCUGCAGGUUGAUUUUGACGGCUCCUGGUGCUACCGCAUGCCAAGGCCGUCAACGUCAUAUCGAUUUGAGCACAUCGUGCCCACGCGCAAGGCGAGUGCGAUCACCUUGACCACGACAUCCUCCAUUCCUGUCCACACUACGCGGGGCCACUAUGUCGCUCGAAAAGGCGUGACCUUGGGCCAUCAAGACCUCGAGUUCUGGGGCCCCAAACUGGUCAACCACGAGACCGGCCACGCCAUGUGCCUACCUGACCUCUACCCGCUGCCGGUCGGCUACACGCAAAAGUACGUCGGCAACUGGGACCUUAUGGCCAACGCCGGCGGCCACAGCCCCGAUCUUUUCGCGUGGCACAAGUGGAAGCUCGGCUGGCUCUUGGAUUCGGAGGUCAACUGCAUCAUCAGCUUCGGGUCUUCGACGCACAUACUGUCGCCGGUGGAGAUCAUUGGAGGCGGUGCACACAAAGCUGUCGUCGUGCGGCACAAUAGCACGACGGCGUUCAUGGUGGAGGUGCGCUCCGAUUUGAGAAACAACCAUGGUGCGUAUUCGAAGGGUGUGCUGCUCUAUAUGGUGGCGACGGACGUCGAGACAGGCAAGGGUCCUGUCCGUGUGCUGGAUGCAAAUCCCGGACUUGGAGGGGAGCGAUGCGAGUGGGAUAGGCUUGAUGAUGCACCACUCUCCUUGGAGCAGGCAAGCUCAUUUACCGCUGAGGAAUGGGGAGUGACUGCGCGCCAACGAGUCAAGCCAUCAGUUUCACUUCGCAUCUGGGAGUUGGCGGCGUGGGAAUAA